CGGCCGCGAAUGGUUGCGGUUCCGUAGCACGUAGUUUUUACCACACACUCUUUAUGUGAAAUAGCGUUGUGUCGUGUCCCUUUAAAACUGCCCCUGCAAUGCAAUCAUGAAUGUGCAGGACGGUAUCAAUGCUGCCUUUUCGGUGCUGGUUUCAUUGUUCAUAGUGAUCGUUUUGGUUUGUUUAGGCUGGUACCUGGUGUGGAAGCUGUUUCUGUCCCGCUUCAAGCUAGUCCGCGAGCUGCUCGGUAUCGCGCAAUCGAACGAACACUCUCCGGUGCACGGGUCCGGCAAAGAUCAGGCAGCAGGAGCUGGAGCGGUCAACAGCACUCUGACCGCCGACAGCAAGAUACGCACCCGAAGAGUACGACGUGAUUAG